GCGCUUCCCACGUUGCGACGCACGCAGCCCCGGGAAGGCGGCGCACUGAGGUGCGUGGCCGGAGCGGGGUCUUUUGGUGGAGGAACGCCGGGCGAGGAUGAGUGACCCGUGGCGGCGGUAAACGGAACGGCCGGGAAGACUAGAGUGCCAAAGGCUCAAGGCUGGAACUCGUACUCUUUAGUAGGGUGAUAGAUAAAAUGAAGCCAAAAGGUACAGACCCAAGGAUCUUAUCUCUAGCUGCUGAAGUUGCAAAAAGUCCUGAACAGAAUGUCCCUGUUAUACUGUUGAAGUUAAAAGAAAUAAUACACAACACACCUUUAGGAAGUUCAGAGUUGAAGAAAAUCAAACAGGAUAUAUAUUGUUAUGACCUCAUUCGAUAUUGCCUCUUGGUCCUCAGUCAAGAUUGUUCUCGAAUCCAGGGUGGUUGGACUACAGUAUCUCAGCUUACACAGAUACUAAGCCAUUGCUGUGUGGGCCUUGAGCCUGGAGAAGAUGCAGAAGAAUUUUACAAUGAAUUACUUCCAUCAGCAGCUGAGAAUUUUCUGGUGUUGGGCAGGCGAUUGCAGACAUGUUUCAUCAAUGCAGCUAAGGGUGAAGAAAAAGAUGAAUUACUACACUUCUUCCAAAUUGUGGCUGAUUCUCUCUUCUGGCUUUUGGGAGGUCAUGUUCAGCUCAUCCAAAAUGUAUUACAAAGUGAUCAUUUCUUGCACUUACUGCAAACUGACAAUAUUCAGAUAGGAUCUUCAGUCAUGACUAUGCUACAGAAUAUGCUACAGAUCAACAGUGGUGGUUUACUCAGAAUAAAAGGAAAAACCUUGCAUUCAAUUUUAGAUGAAGUUGUUUUCAAGCUUUUAUCAACUCCUAGUCCAGUCAUAAGACAUACUGCUACAAAGCUCCUACUGUUGAUGGCUGAAUUCCAUCAGGAAAUUUUGAUUUUAUUGAGACGAAGUGUCUGCUACAAAGGUCUCAGGAGUUUACUUUAUCAACAGGAACUUGGGACAGAGUUUAAUCAAGAACUUAGACAGCUCAUUGGCCUUCUGAGCCCUAAUAAGGAAGUAGAAGAACAGAAACUACAUCAAGCAGCUUGCUUGAUUCAAGCUUAUUGGAAGGGUUUCCAAACUAGAAGGAGAUUAAAGAAGCUUCCAUCUGCUGUGAUUACUUUGCAGAGGAGAUUCAGAUAUAAACGAGCAAAGAUAUUAUUGAAGCAAAAUAGUCAGAAGGAAGAAGAAGACCGCAAAUUACAGUUGCAACUUCAAAGACAGAGAGCCAUGAGACUUUCCCGUGAAUUACGACUGAAUAUGCUUGAAAUAGUUCAUCCAGGUCAGGUGGAAAAACAUAAUCGGGAACUAGAAGAGAAAUCAGCAUUGAUUAUCCAGAAACAUUGGCGAGGGUACAGGGAAAGGAAAAUUUUUCACCAACAGAGGCCAUCUCUCAAGGAGUAUAAAGCAGCUGUCACACUUCAGAGAGCAACUCUUAAAUUCCUAGCAAAAUGCCGUAAGAAAAAACAACUGUGUGCCCUUUGGCAAGGACUCCCAGAACUCACAGACACCCGCAGAGUUGAACUGAAGCGACAAGUGGAUGAAUAUGUCAGAAGACAUCCAAAUACCAGUGUGUUGGCAAGUAAGGCCUCUCAAAUAUCAGAUAUGACCAACAAGGAGCUCCAUGCCCAAGCACAAGAACACCUGCAACACUACUUUAUGGGCAGGGCCCUAGAAGAGAGAGCCCAGCAGCACAGAGAAGCUCUGAUGGCACAGAUCAGCACCAAUAUUGAACAGUUAAUGAAGGCACCAAGUUUGAAGGAGGCAGAAGGGCAAGAACCUGAGCUCUUUCUAAGUAGAUCCAGGCCGGUGGCAGCUAAGGCCAAGCUGGCCCAUCUCACCACCCUGAAGCAUGUACAAGCACCCUGGUGGAAGAAGCUUGGGGAAGAAACAGGCGAUGACAUUGAUAUCCCAAAGGAUGAACUUAGUGUAGAAUUAGAAACUUUGUUUAUUGGUGGAACCAAACCCCCUUAGGGAGUUACCUUAAAAAAACGACACAAAUCCUAUAUUUCAUGAGAUUAUUUUGGUUCUGCCUCUGAUAUACUAGUAGCCUAGAGCUAUCUUAACUCAUGGUUUUCUAGAGUUUCCUUUCCAAACAAGACUUGCAGGCAGUAAGCAGAGUUAUCUUCUACCUCUAUCUCAAUACUUUACUUUUCUCCACACUCCAUCCCUGGCCUCACCUACAAAUAGGUGUGGCUUUUAUUGUGAGACUAAACUUAGCAUGGCAUUCUAGGAAGUGUGAUAGUUCUUUUUUUCCUGCUGUUUUCCAACUUAAUGUGUUUUCUAAAUAAAUAUUUUCAACAGUUGUUCUGAAAAACUUGUCAGGAUUACUUUAACUUUUCACAUUUAUUAUUUAAUAUUCCUGUUUUUCCAUUCCUGUGGUGAGGAAAAGAAUGGUCAAUUGAAGGAUAUUUCACUGUAUUCUACAAAAGUGGUUGAACAAAUUUUCUAUCUUGUUACUUCUAAAAGAAACUACAUUUUGAAAUCCUCCUAGGAUUCAAUGCAAGACACAUUUCUCCAGGUAAAAUUACAAUCUUUCUAUUAAACUAUGAGAAUUGUAAACCCUCUGUUUCCCUUUAUGUCUUCCAAGAACCUCAGAGCUAAAUAUAAUUUUUUUUUAAAAUCCAGGUACCCAUAUGAUUUUUUUGUUCCAUCCUAAUAAUUUAUGAUUGUCUUAUUUAUCUUUAUGUUUUAAUUCCAGAGAUCACCUCUAUUUGUAUUUUUAGCAAUAUGUACUUUAAGUUAAAAACAAUUAACAAAUCAUGUACUGCAUAGAAGUACCUCGGGUUACUUCUCUUUAUAAAUGAGUGGAAUAUCAGUAUUUCUGGAUGGGAAGACCAAAGUUAACCUAUACUCUCAAAAUUAAGUUGAGUAAAAUUCUAAUCAAACUUGUAAUUCUUAGGUUAUUUUCAUAAUUAGAAAAGAGCUAUAAAAUUCAUCUGUAAGAAUAUGCUUAUGGGAGUUCUGAUUUCAUUUAGAAUGUAGAUAGCUAAGUAAAAAUGUUGCUCCCACCUUAAUAAACAAGUGCCACUUAAUAUAUAAAAAUAUUUUUUCUUAAGCCUAUCAGAUAGUUGAGGCUUCAAGACAACCAAGUAAAUUGAGAUGGGUCUAAGUCUUAAAGUUAGUCUUGAACUAUUUCAUCUCUAGUAGAGCAAUGGAGAUAAAUGUAACAAUAAGAAAAAAACUAAAAUUUUAUGAAAUUUUUACAGGCCAAAUAUGGGUUACCAUGUUAGUUUAGAAUUUCUAGCAGCCUCACAUAUCUAAGGAAUUCAGAUCUCAGCAAAUACAAGAAAGGUUGAAUGCAGGGCAAGAACGUUGAGAGAUACCCUUAGUGACACAGGCAAGCAUGAGGUGAUAGGCUGCUACUGGGUCACGUGCUCAAAUCCCACUUGAUUUUCAAAACCUUUUUCUUGAAAACCUGAAGCAGCUAGAGUAAUGUAGAGUACCUCCUGGACUCAGACCAAAUUCCAGUGCCUGUAAGGAAAAAAAAAAAAAAAACAGAAACCUAUCUGCCCCUGAGGAAACAGGAAACACUAGUCCCAGAUACAAAUAGAAAUUGAGCAUUGCUGAGCUCAAUCAGGAAAUCAUCUUGGGUUCAGAAUCCCUACACCAAUACAAAGUGAAAAUCUGUUUCUGCCAAAAGAUAGAAGAGACUUUGUUAUGGGGUACAAGGAUAGGAACCUUGAGAAAGCCCACCCCAACCUCAGGAAGAAGAGACCUAGCUUAAAGUAUAAGCUGGGUCAGUACCAGAGAGCACCAUUUCCCCACAACCCAACCUAACCCCAGUAAGCAAUAGGAAUUUACUGCUUGGAUGAGAGAGGACCCAUGGAGAGACACCUUCUCCACUCUUGUGGCAAGGGCAUAUAGGGAUGGUUGAAAGUGAGGGAUAGAGUAGGAACACAGAAAAACUUCAAGCUUUCCAUGCCCCACUCUGAGCAUGGUUAAUAGCAAUGAAAAACUCAAGGAAUUUAAAGUCUAUGGUGCAUUGAAGAUAAGAGAAAUCCAGCUAAAAGUUUCACUCAACCCUUCUACAGUCUUAUAAUUUUUUUCUUUUAAUUGAUGACAAUGCUUUUUUUCUGACAAUGGUGUUAUAUUUACUGUAUUCAUACAACAAAACUAUUCUGCAAAGCCCUAUGGGAAACAGUAUGGAGUUUUCUCAAAAUAUAGAUGAUCCAGUAAUUCCACUUGUUGGCAUUAUUUCCAAAGAAUGCAAAGAUACUAAUUUAAAGGUAUAUUCGCACUCCUGUGUUCAUUGCGGUAUUAUUUACAGUAGCCAAGUUAUGGCUAAGGUAGAUCAAUGCAUUUUAAAAGCCUCUUAGAUGAUUCUGAUUUUCACCCAGGGUUAUGAAACUACUGUUUGUUGAGUUUUGGUCUGAAAGGAAUCUCCACAAUUUUCUGGAAAGGCCAUUAAAAUGUUCCUCUGUUUUCUAAUUGCCUAUGUGCAGUUGGAUUUUCUUCAAGAACUUAAAACAACAUAUAGAAGAUUAAAUACAGUAGAUAUGAGAAUUCAGUUUUCUAAUGCCAGAUACUAAGAGUUUUGCAAAAACGUGAAAAAGUCACUCAUUAACUUUAAAGCUUUUAUAUUAGAAAACAAUUAUAUUUCAUGAAAGUUUGUUAACAUAAUUUUUAAUGAAUCACUAUUUUUAAUAUUUCUCUGUUUUAAUCCUAAUAUGGGUAAAUAUGAAGAGAUAACAAAUAGUGGUGUGCUGGAGCCUUUUCAUGUUGGGUUUUACCCAA